AUGCAGGCAGAGGAUGAUGACGAAGGGGUCUACAUCGCAGGCCUGGGAGCCUUCACCUUCUCUCAGCAGAAGCUGGACGUCGGCAACAAGUUUGUUCUGAUCCAGCGACCCAUCUUCCUGCUCUCUGAGAAGCUGUCCCAGUCACACGGCCUCAAGCAGGUCAAACCGCUGUCUGCAGCAGGGGACGUGCCACUGGUCCAGCUCAACUUCACAGUUCUGUCUGUGGAGAGCCCGUUUGAGCGUCACGUGGUGGAGGGUUGUGUGAGAGAGACUCUGCUGGUGUUGCUGAGAGCCGUGGCCGCCGGACGCUCAGUCCUCUUCACCUUCCACGCCAUCGGAGAGCUGUUGUUCUGCCAGAGCAAAGUCAAGAUGAAGUUCUACCACGACUUUGUCACCGCUCUGGACGGCAGCGGGAAGCUGCUCUUGGCGCUCUCCAAUAGACCUGGCACCAGCAACUCUGUCCUGUUUGGGAGAUCCAGCAUACCAGGGACCAGCAACACCAUCAUCCUCCCCAGGAUCUCUUCCCAACAGCGGGGGAAGGACUGGGGAGAGGAGGCCCUGGCCCAGGUCCAGACAGACUCAGACAGGAAGGAGAAGAAUAGAGAAUCCCUGGUGACUCCGCGGUCCAGAUCCAGACACACCCUGCACCCAGCCAAGGUCAACGGGAUCAGUCUCACUGAUGACCUGGAGCCCAGACCUCCAGCAGAGACCAACACUGACAGGUCCACAGUGUCUAUCCUACCACUGGAGGGCGCUGCUCUGAAGGAGGGGAAGGUUAAGAGGGUGGACUCUCACCUGGACAUGCCCUGUGUCAACCACAACAGGGCUGGGCAGGAGUUGUGUUACCUGUGCAUGCAGCGGGCCCAGCGUAACAUCCCCCACUACCUGGCAGAGGAGAGGCUGACGGAACAACAGGAGGAGGAGAGGGUGUUACUGUUCAACGAGCAGCGCAGAGACCAGGACUACCUACAGAGGGAGCAGGCGGACCGUCUGGAGAUACGUGAGAACAACCAGAAGGUGGCAGCGUUCAACCUGACAGUGUCUGAAGCCAUGAAGGAGAAGAAGGUUGCUCGCUCCUCCCACUUCCAUGGUUCGUACAUCUUCAGGGGCCGUCCCCUCACCCCUCCCAGGGUCCAUAAGCAGCGCGGCUACAUGCAGGAUCUGCGGGCCCAGGCGGAGUGGAGGAAGGGCCAGGUCAGCCAGACUCAGCAGGACCAGGAGCUCAUCCACCUGCUACAACAGGUCCAGCUUGCACAGGAAACCUCCUUGCAUAAGUCCCAGCAGCUCCACCUGAAACAGAAGAACACUAGCUGUUACAAGAAAGCCCUGGAUACACAGGUGGAAACAGGGAAGGGCAAGCCGCAGAAAGCCAAGGGAGAUAGGAGAGUGAUGUUCCCGCCCAUCCAGGGACAGCCAGCACCAGGAGAUGACUCAGAGCAGGCAGGAAACAUAAUAUAG